AAAAAUAAAAAUAAAUAAAAAACAAGAAAAAGACAAAUGUUUUGCGCCACAACCGACACAAUCCAAAGCAUAUCGGAAAAAACAAAAUUACUCGCGCAAAAGUGCUCGCAGCAAAUCCUGCAAUCGCCGAAAUGUGUCUCCGCACCCAAUGACGACAUCGUCAAAGCCUACAGCAACGAUGACGAUGUCGUCGAGAAUAACAACAAAAACAUGACAAUAUUGGAUCUCGCGAGUGCGGGAAACGGUGGUCAGCAAUUUGAUCAAACGGGAACGCAAGAUGCGAAUUUCAAAGAGAAAUGUUUGUGCGCGUGCAAAGGCACAAUCGGGAGGAUAAUGGGGAAGAAAGUUGUUGCGAAAGAACGGACUACAAAAUGGUAUAUAAAGCAGCCCACUUGGCGUCUUUGGGGUGAAGAAAAAGAGGAAUCAGAUGCCAUUUACACAGUUUACUUGAAGAAAGUUCGAUACCAUAGGCCAAUUACCAAUGGGAAAGAAUCGGAUGGCGAGGACGACAUAUCGCACCUGGAAUGGGAAACAGUACGUGUUCGUUUCGUAAAAGCGGCAAAACUAUCGAAACUCGUCGAGGCAUUGGCAUCGGACGACGGCGAACUCGAGUCAACAUUCAUCAAUGUCUUCUUGGCGACAUAUCGAACGUUCACGCAACCAGCAAAAGUGCUUGAAUUACUGUUGCAACGCUACGAAAGACUCAGCACGGAGAAAAUUCAUGCGGAUGCGAGUGUUUCGGAGCAACAUAAGAAAACUCUAGUCUCUGCAUUACACGUAUGGUUGGAUGGCUAUCCCGAGGAUUGGGAUGCGGAUAAUUUGCAAAAUUUACUUGCUUUUACAUCCAAACGGUUACCAAACACUGAAUUACACUUGAAAGCUUUAACUAGAUAUACGGAUAGGUUUGACAAAUUUUCGCGUGUGCCGCCGCCACUGCCUUGGUCUCCCGAUUAUUACGAAUAUCACGAGAUUGCGGAACAAUUUAAUGGGAUGUGUUUGUCGCCAGCGUUUCGGGGACCUCCGUCACAUCUGCUCAACUCAUAUCGGUUUCCGAAUAUACCAGUGAAGCACUUUGCCGAACAAUUAACAAGAAUGGAUAUGGAAUUAUUCAAACGACUAAUCCCGCAUCAGUGUCUCGGCUCAACUUGGUCUCGUCGUGACAAAAAUGAAUGCGCCAGCGUGCUUGCAACCGUCAACCAGUUCAAUGCAGUGUCAUUUCGAGUCAUUUCCACAAUUUUGAUCGAGCCAAGACUAAAGCCGUCGGAACGUGCUCUCUUGAUAUCAACUUGGAUCGAUAUUGCACAAGAAUUGCGAAUGUUAAAAAACUUUUCAUCACUCAAAGCGAUCAUUUCUGGCUUGCAAUCUCAUCCCGUUUAUCGUCUUAGCAAGACAUGGGCUGCCUUGUGCCGCGAAAAACUUGAGCUUUUUAACGAACUUGCGAGAAUAUUUUCCGAAGAAAAUAACGCAUGGACUCAACGUGAGGUUUUGAUGCGAGAAGGCACCGCGAAAUUUGCCGAUGUUGUCGGCGAAAAUGACAAACAACUGCAAAAAGUGUUCCAAAAACAGAACACGUUAAUAAGUCACGGAACAAUUCCAUAUUUGGGCACAUUUUUGACGGAUUUGACGUAUAUCCAUGCAGCAAUUCCCGACACAAUUGGCGAUGGAUUGAUAAAUUUUGACAAAAAACGAAAAGAAUUUGAGAUUUUAGCGCAAAUUAAAUUAUUACAAGGCGCUGCAAAUUCAUAUCAUUUACCGGAAGAUCCUUUAUUCGAUCGAUGGUUCGCUUCCUUACUAAUUCUCGAUGAACGAGAGGCACAUACUCUUUCAUGCCAGCUCGAAGUCCCAACUGAACCUCGAAAAUUGCAUAACGGGGUGAAUGCAGGCCAUAGAAAAACUGAUUCCAUUACCUCGAAUUCAAGUAGCGGAGCUGGAUCUCACUUUUACUGUGAUAUUAACAAUUCGAGUCUCAGUUCUCGUAACAAUUCGUUAGAUCGUGACGUCACGCCGCCCAAUGCCUCCAUCAUGUCAGCUGCCAGUUCGGUUUCGUCACUUUCGAUGGAGUCAAAUACCAGCAGUAGCGACAAAAAAUCCAACACGCCAAAAACUCCCAAUUCCAAAAAUCAAUCCGCAAACGGACACGGAUCCAAUUUAUCGACACCAAAUGGCAAAAAUUCCUCCGUCACGGAUUACCCGAUCAUCAAUGGUCAACUUGUACAAAAUUCCCCCAUCAAAAAUGGCACGCCAGACUUUUACAUCAUCAAAAUUACGUACGAAUCUGAUCAUCCCGAGACACUGGGAGUCGUUAUGUACAAGAGUAUUAUGUUAGGCAACAAUGAACGCACGCCGCAAGUUAUUCGCAAUGCAAUGAUGAAGCUUGGGCUUGAAGGCGAUCCAGACCAAUAUUCAUUGUCUCAAGUACUUCCAGAUAAAGAAUUGCUUAUGCCAUACAAUGCCAAUGUUUAUUAUGCCGUCAAUACGGCAUACAACCUAAAUUUCAUACUGCGAAAGAAAAAGGAGGAGACUUAAACUCGAAUUUAAUAUCGAAAAAAAAAAUAAAUAAAUAUUUUUUUAUAAAAAAAAAAUUAAUUGUAAAUUAAAAAGCACCAAUAAUUCUUAACAAAUUUGACACUCAUUGUAAAAAUUAAUUAGAAAUUUUAUUUAUUUUUAAAAUUAAUUUAUUAAUUGUGCAAAAAUCGGCGAAAUUUAAUUUGUCUUGUUUUAAUUGUAUUAUAAAAAAAAAUAAAUGAACCAACAAUCAAACUGAUUUAUUAA